AUGAAUUCCAUACAGUUAGAUGAAUAUGACCUCUACGCUGUUGACAGGACAUUUAUUCUGUCACUUUUUCACGGAUUCUGCACGGCUGUGCCAGGAAGCGUGCGACAGGAACUUGUCACCACAGAGGCUGACGCCGUGCAGUUUGUCAUGAUACUGCGGCCAAGGCUGACGAGUUUCACGCAUCGUAGCAACAUCUCCUUACGACAUCCGGCUGUAUCGAUGGCGGCGCGUUUGUAUUACAACGAGCUGCGCGCUUUCAUCCGGGAGGAGUCACGAUUUACUGGCGACAGCGCCAUAACGAGAAACGUGCCGGUGGUUGGGAGCAGUGCCUCUGGACGUGAAAAUCUGGGGGAGCGGGGGGGCUCCUCCUACACGUCAUGGCCGGGGGUGACAACCAAACCCAUCACGGCGGAACAGUUGACUCAAAAUAACUGGGAGCUUAUGGGGUCCUGCCAUGAUGCCUUGCUGCGGAAUUCGCAACCCCGCCCUAUUGCAGUCUACGCCAUCGCGUCCAAUGAUUUAGUAAAUGAUAUUAUCUGCCGCUACUGGGAGCGGAUUACAGUUCCUUCAGGCAGUGUGGGAUUUCGCCCCAGCUUCGCAUCCGGCAGCAACGAGGCUUCCAAAACUUUCACGUUUACAGAGAGUGGCAGUGGGAUACAUGCAACGUAUAUGACGGCAUUACAGUAUAUUUACCUUCAUCUUCGCAUAGCGGGUAUUUUACUUCCGCCAUCCUCGUUGCAGACGGAGAUUUUGGACUCUAUUAUUCUUGACCUUCGCGUGGAUGCGAUGUUAACCGGGAAAACGGGAGGGUUGUCGUUUGGAAGACCACCAGAAUAUUUUGGUUAUAGACCCACCGAUGAUGAAUUCGAUGAUGAUUCCGUCGGAUUGGAAUCGGCACCCAACGACCCCCUUCAUCCAGUUAAUGAGAAUCUCAUACAAAUGGUAGAGCCUUCAGAGGCGUCAAAGUUUCCUUUUAAUGUGAAUAACUUUAGGACGUCCCUCGAUGACCUUCCAGACAUUAGUUUUGGGCAGUUCUGGAUAUCCAUGCUGGAGCUUUCGGACAACUGGACAAGUACCUCUCAUCCAAUGGAACAUGCCAUUUUUUUAAUGGAGCUCUAUUGCGAGGUGUUUGCCCACGAAUGGGACGAUGAGGAAUUAUCCCUCCUGAAGGCGUUGCGCGCCAAUGCCGAAACCCGCCACCAGGAGGAUGCCUUCUCACUCAUGGAUGAUGAAGAACGGAGUUUUCACAUACUCUCCGAAUUCAACCACAUGGUGUCUUCUAUUGAUGAAUUCGCAAUGUCGGGAUUAUUGUACCAACCGAACCUGAUGCCUUUUCCGAAGAAGACUUUGGUCGCUGCUGAGGCUCUCUUUGAUCAUGUCUCCAACAUGGCAACGGUUUCAUUCCAGGGAUCAAUGAGUAAUGUGCGGCCUUCCACGGCUGGAUCAAUCUGGUCAGAGAGCAAGCAAGAAGGACAAUUGUCCAGGCAACAGCUUGAGAAACUCCAAUUGAUUGCGAGCGAUAGCAGUACCUUGCGUGGGCGUCACAGCGAGGGCGACGAAGAUGCAACGGAGUACGCAACUGGGAAGAAGAGAAAGGAAAAGGAGGAGAAGAAAAGGUUAUACCACGAAGGCAGACACAUGGAUGUGGAUAAAGAGAUCCUUGACAAAGGCGAAGGUGUACGAGAAGACGCACAUCGGCGAAGCAGUAGAGAUCGAAAGAAACAGCUCCGAAUCAGCAGAAGUCUCCGGGAAGAAGAGGAAGGAAAGGAAGAAGAGGAUGAAGGCUACGAUGACAAGCAUGCGGUGGAUAGAGAAGGAAGGAGAAGAAGGAAAAAGGAAGCCGGCGAAGGGCGUUCUCGUCAAGGUGACAUUCUUGAUAAUGAAAGUCGGGGGAGGCGGUAUAGAAUUGGAAGGGAUGGAAAACGUCUCUCUUGGCGUGAUUCGGAGGAGUCCUCUGAGUCCAUGUAUGCAUAUGAUUCAUCCGAUCCAAUUAGUCAGCGAGCAGGUGCCUAUAAAAAGGACCAUCUGCAUCGCCGUUACCCCACAAAAGCGUUUCAUGACUACGAAGGGAGGGAAGAUGAGGAGUACACGAUGGGUGCCGAUGGCGUCCGCCGCCGCAGCAGGAGGGGAGGACCACGUCGAAGUGGCUAUUCAAAAAGUGACAAAGACGCCGAGGGCGGGGAGGAUGACAAGGAUUCAUGGAGCACGCAAUCGAGUUCGUUUUAUUCUGUGCCCGAUGAUGAGCUGACACCCACUUCGCUGUCGCGUCGGCAAAAGGAGCGAGAGCGAAAACAAGCUGAGCAUUUGCUAAGACGUCGUAAGCAGCAGGAGGCGAGGCAGCGUCGAUCCAAAAUGCCUACAGCGGCAGAGAUAGCAGAGAAGCGUAAGAAGAUUGUGCAAACCUUGCAGAUGAAGGGUAUCCUCAUUAGUGGCGACGCUCUUACAGAUGAUGACAUUGCAGAACUUGGUGAUGAAACUAUUAGUGAAGAGUUGCUGCGGCGAGUAUUGUUAGACGCUGGGUACGCGAUCGAUGAGAUAAAGGAGUCCGACUUUCUGCAUAUAUUGUUGGGUGACAAGGAGCCACAGCCCGCUGACGUAAAUGCAGAGGAACGAAGUCAUGUCCUCGCCGCACUUCGCGCUCAGCCGUCGCGGCGGCCGCCCGAGACAGAGUACGCUCGUCGUCGCCGAGAGGCGCAGGAGAAAUUGCUGCGUGAAGAGAGGAGGGCUGCUGCAAAGAAACUAAGGGAAGAACGCCGUCUUGCAAUUAAAAAACAUGAGGAGGAAAGUUAUAUUCGAGAAGAGGCCGAUGAGUUAAAACCGCCUUUUUCUUCUUUGGAGGAUGUGGAAGUUUUGGGGUUACCGGGCCCCGGCCUUGGGCCUGUCGCACCACGACGACCGCCGCCUCGCCGCGAGGGGCCGCAGCCAAUUGUGAUGCCGCAGCCAGUGCAGCUUGAGAACUUAUUGCUCACGCGGAUGUGGAGGCCCGUUGUGUGGCGUGGCGUACAGCGACGUGUGAGGGGAAAAAUGCCAACGCGUCGGCAGGUGCUGGGAGAGGAAGAAAUGGAACUGAAAUCGUUUUCCCAGCUGGUGAUAGAGAAACCAUCCAAAGGGAAGCCGGCAGGGUUGCAUGAGCAUUCACCGACACAGUUGGAAAUGUUUUAUCGCGGUAUUCGCCCGGAUCGGCUUGUAAAGGGACGUGUCCCGUUGGCGCAACCGACAUCUAUCCUUGGUGGCACAUAUCAUCAGUUGCCCUCGAUUCAUUCGCAUGGGAAAGGAGGGCUGGAUUUGCAAGGUGGCCUGAAGACAACGCCGCCACCACCGCGCCAGUGUGCACCUGUCAAACUCUUUUCACUGACGACGAAAAAAACUUUUGCUGGGGCGCUUAAAGAGAGCUUGCAGCGCUACAUUGAUGACAAGGAGUACCUGGAUGUUAUAUACCGGAGUUAUUUGAGGUGA